AGCUCUGCUCACUGAGCAAGAGGAAGUCGCCCACACAAAGGGGAACACGCCGCUGUCUAUUUCCUGCUAACCCGAAGACAAAUAUCUCACGACCCUACAUAGUUUAUUUAUUUAUAGUAAAGGCUGUGUACUUUAAUGAUGGUACAGAUUUUUUUUUCAUUAUAUGAAAACAAAGUAAGCAGUGUGUUGGCCACGGACUUGAAACCCCCUUCUUUGUGUAAAUGGUACACUCCGAUGCUGCGAGCCUGGUUCAGCCUGCCUCCUCGUUAUCUCCCCGGAAGAUCUCAGGCAGAGCGUAGCACCUGACCAUCGCGGUAACACACGGCAGUAAAACGAGGGGAAACAUUGCUCCCUUCGCUCGCUAAAGCCCUCCACCAACUGGGAAUACAGCUACGGACUGCCUUUGUCUGCGUUGUGUCCGCAUUGAAAGCGACGGUGGGACAGUCGAGAUGAAGUCGGUGGCGGCGCAGCGGCUCGUGACUGUCGGCUGAAUGAAUGGUGCAGAGGAGCGAACUGGCUGGAUUACCUAGCAACGCUUGUUUGAAUUAAAUAUCUCGUCGAAAUAUGGUGAUAUUUUUGAUACUACGUCACCACGCCUGUUGCCAUGGACUAUUAACACCUGACGGAGAAGACUCACCUGGUUUUAUUGUAAUGGCUAACUAGACGCUCGUAUUUCUUGUCAAGCCAGGUUAACUAUAGUGAAAGGUGUUCUGGAAAACUGCCUGUUGGUCAUAAUUUAUAUGUUAGCGUAGCUGCUCAUAAAGGAACAAAAUGAGGGACAGCUUUAUCAGUACUGGUGCACAAACAAAAGAGAGAAUAAUAUGGAGAGCAUAAUGCACUUUUGUGCGCACAACCGCUCAUAAGGGAGAGAAAGGCAGCUUGUUCAAUGUUGGACAACAAAAUGAAAGAGACAUGUCGUAUCUGUGGACGGGAUCUCUACGGCAACCAGCGCCGGUGGAUCUUCCACCCGGCCACCAAGCUCAACCUGCAGGUUCUGCUGUCACACGCUCUCGGCCAGGAGCUGGCGCGGGACGGCCGCGGGGAGUUCGCCUGCUCCAAAUGCGCCUUCAUGCUGGACCGCAUGUACCGCUUUGACACGGUGAUAGCCCGCGUGGAGGCCCUCUCCAUCGAGAGGCUUCAGAGGCUCCUGCAAGAGAAACAUCGGCUCAGGCAGUGCAUCGGUGGAUUGUACAGGAAGACAAACUCGCUAGAGAGCACCACGACUUCUGCGGAUGAAGGGGAAGCAGCAGGAGAUGGGAUGGUGGAUAUUUCAGGCCUCACCCAUGCAAAGUACUGUGCUCUUCUUCAGGAGGACCUAGUCUAUUCUUUGUAUGAAUCCUGGGCUGACGACAGCACGGAUUGCCACCAUCACCACCACCCUCAGUCUUCGGCUGGGCCAGGGUCCGAUUUGGCGGGGCCUCACCGUUGUAUGCCCACCACUCCUAGGAGAUGCCGGGGUUGUUCCCAUUGGCGUGUGGCAGACUCUGACUAUGAAGCUGUUUGUAAGGUGCCCAGGAAGCUUGCACGGAGUACCUCUUGUGGCCCCUCAACCAGAUAUUCUGCCAGCUUCAUUGGAGGCAGCGGUGCAGAAUUAGAGGAAAAAGGAAACGGCGAGGAACCAGAUGAACCGCCAUCCUCUCUGACUCUAGUUCCUGCUUCUCAGGAUGUGUCAAGGACUUCAGAUAGUGACCAAACGCUAGCAGGAAGAGUCAGCUCCAGCCCUUCAAUAGCCUCCUUGGAGACAACUGAGGACUACAUUCAGCAUGAGGUCACCAGAGAUGAACUGUUGAACUCUCCCAAAGAGCCAAUGGAUGCCCGGCUAUCUGACACCCACCCUGACAGAGCUCCACAUGGCCAAUCAUCUCCUGGACCAAGCCUCUCUCUGGCUCUCUGUUUGCUACAGAAUUAUGCUGUCCAUCGCCCGGUCCAAAGCAAAGGCAGUAAACUUCCAGUGUUGCUUCGACGGAGCAGCAAUCAUGGAAGAUUGGACUUAUCCGAUCCAAUUCUAGAGCUAACCUUUGGAACUCCAGAUGGUGAACCAUACCAACACAUGGCAACACCUGAGCUGGAAGCCCCCUCGAUCCAACUGAAUGUUGGGUCGGACCAUGUCCUUAACCGGAAUAAUAUAGAAGACAUUCCGGAGGAUGUUUAUUUCGAGUGUCCGCCACCAAAGCCACACCAGAACCUUGUGGAGGAGCAGCAAAGCCAGUUGAACCAAUACGAGUGUGCUGCCGGUCAAUGUGUCAGCGAGCUGCAGAAGGCCCAGAUGCAGGUGGAGUCCCUGCAAGCCAAAAUCCACGAGAGUGAUUCCAAUAAUAUGAAACUUCAGGAGAAGCUGAACGAGAUGGAGUGUGAGCUUCGUUCCCUCCGCCAGGCUUCUCAGAGUCAGGAGCGAACCAUCCAGGACCUCACAGAAUCCAUCGGCACCAAAGACACUGAGGCUCAGGAGCUGUACCAGUUGAUCGAGGGGCAGAAUGUCACAUUAUACAAGCUGCGAGACAUGGCCCACCGUAAUCAAAUCGCACAAACCAAGUCUCUAGAGGGCGUCAGUGAGUCGGCAAUGCUCUCCCAGCUGCAGGGAGAGCUGGUGGCAGUGCAGAGCUCCCUGUUCUCUUUGGGUCUGGAUUUGGAGGCCAGCCAGAGGAGUCUCAGACAGAGUCAGAGACAAGGUGAGGAUCUGGCUCGCUUCAAAGACCGACUGAAUGCUGACCUCCAGGAGGCGCUGCAGCACAGGGAAGAGACUGAAAAACACAAUCAGGACUUGUGUUGCAUGCUUCAGAAAACCCGCGCCGAGCUGCAGGUUAAAGAAGAAGCCCUAAAGGAAGCCGAGGCAGAGCGGCUCGCCGUGAUACGAGAAAAAGACCGAAGCAUCGCACAGCUCCGUCACUCCCUGCAGGAUAAGGAGCGACACUUACAGGAGUACUCUGAGAUGUUGGAGACACCAGGAAGCUCCAAACCAAGGGAUGCGCUUCUUGAGAAAUUACGAGAGCGAAUUAAAGACCGGGACAAAGCGCUGGAGCGCUCCAUCGAUGACAAGUUCCGCUGUCUGGAUGAACGUGAGGGUCAAGUGAGGACGCUGCAACUGGCGCUAAGGGAAAAAGACCGAGACCUGGACAGGCUCCGCUGCAUCCUGUCCAACAACGAGGAGACCAUCACGAGUCUGGACGCUCUGGUGCGAGGGAAAGAGCUGGAACUGGAGCAGGCGGCCGAGGCCUACAGGAACCUCCAGUGGCUGAAGCAGCAGAGUGAGGAGAAGGAGAGGAGCGCUUUGAGGGAGAAGGACGCAAUCAUCGGCCAACUACAAGCAGCGCUUCAGGCUCGCAGCAAAGAACCACAGGUCGAUCUGACGGCAGCCCUCGUCGGCAGAGUUCAGGCCGGCGCCGCCGAGGUGGUGGAGGAGCUGAAGGCUCGGCUCCUGCUGAAGGAGAAGCUUUUCCAGGAGCUGCUGUCGGACCGCAGCCGCCAAUCAAGUGAACACCAAACACGGGUGUCGGAACUACUCAACACCCUCGGUGCCAAAGACCAGUACCUGCAGGACAAUUCGUACAGGCUGUCCUUGGUGAUAAGCGAGCGCACGGGUCAGCUGCAGGAGGUGCGCAAGCAGCUGUCGCAGAGAGAGCAAGAGCUGUGCGAGCUGAGACGGGACAAAGAGAGGGAGACGGGCGGGGAUGUGCAGCAUCUGCAAGGUCUUCUCCGAGAAAAAGAAGCCUUUAUCAAGGAGAUGAUGCACAACCAAGAGGAAGUUAUGAUGCAGUCGUCCACAGAGAGCGAGGCGGAAGUGAAGGCACUCCAGGAAGAGCUGCAAUUAUUGCUGAAGAAGGAGAAGGAAGCUCAGGAAGAGCUCGCUACUCUGCGUUCAACUUUUGCCGCUCACCAAGCAAAGGGAGCUGCGACAGCUUGUACCGAACACGUGCUGGAGCAGCUCGUCUCCGAGUACCGUCAGCUGAACGGUGCCCUCAAGGCCGAGAAGAGAUUAUACCAGAAUCUCGUUCACGCCAACAGUGACAGCUCCAAUGAAGUCCUGGCCCUCCACACUCAACUGGAUUCGGUUCAGGCUCUUCGCGGACAGCUGGAGGAGGUCCUGGGCCGGAUUCAGAACAUGGCCCUCGACCUGGAACGGGCCAGUAAAAGGCAGCCUGAUUUAGGAGAUGUAAGCUCCGAAGACGAGGAGGGAGAUGAUGAAGACGGCAGUGGCGAUGAAUUCACAGACAGCAUAGAGGAGGACGACAAAGUCACAUCUGCAAGUUUGUCUUCUAGUCAGACCCAAACCGCCCAUGGACAAGAGUCCGAAUUCCCGAGGACUAGCCAACAGACGGUUGAAGUGGAGCUAAAAGAAAUACAGUCCGAGCUCGAGCGGGAGGGAUUCACCUCGGUGACCCAGAUGAGGAGCACACUGCAGAGGCUUCGGAAGGAGAACCAGUUCCUAAAAGAACAUCACGGGAGCCUUCAUCGGGGAGAGGAAGACGAUGAUACUGAGGAGGAGGAAGACUACAUGGAUGAUGAUGAUGACGAGGGGGUUACAUCUUCAGAGGCUGUCAAGGAGUUCGAACCCGCGGGUGGCGUUAGCGAGCCAGGUCUCAGUGAGCGUUCGGCCCGCCUUUGUUCGGAGAACCGAGAGCUGCAGGAGAGACUGAUGGUGUCCGAAGCCACGGUUCACGCUCAGGCCGAGCAACUGAAGGACUACAGGGACCUGCUCAAGACGUCCGUGCAGCAGGCCAGUAAGCAGGUGCAAGUGGAUCUGCAGGAUUUGGGCUAUGAGACUUGUGGACGUAGUGAAAAUGAAGCUGAGAGGGAGGACGCCAGCAGCCCAGAAUUUGACGACCUCGAGAUGUGCACGUCGUUGUCUCAUCAACAAGAAGAGAGCUUGGGAGGUGACUGGUACAAAGCCAGUAGAAGUAGCCGUACCAAUGAAAUCGGGGAUGAGUCAGCUCUGCAUCAUCUAGUCCAGGAUCUGCGCUCCCAGCUGACCCGUUGCCACAAAGUAAUCCGUGGCCUUCAGAUGCGUGUUCGCUCCCUGUCCACCACAAGCGACUACGCCUCCAGCCUGGAGCGGACGCCACGCAAGGUAAACUGGGCUUUUGAAAUGUCACCCGCCCACGAGGGCGUGGAGGAGGAUGAAGGCUGGAUGUCCGACACCCAAGCGACUCCACCUGGAUCCAAGCCCAGUCGCGAGCUGCAAGAGCUCAUUGCACGUGUCGCAACCUUGGAGGCCCAAUUGAAGAGCUCCAAGCUGGAAGGGAAGAGCCAAACAGUGGAGGAGAAAUGUACCACGUGGCCUGGGAAAUACAACUCUCUCAUCCAAGCCCAAGCUCGUGAGCUCUCCCACCUGAGGCAGAGGAUCAGAGAGGGUGAAGGAAUCUCCCAUAUCCUCACCCAGCAUCUGGGUGACACCACCAAGGCCUUUGAGGAGCUUCUGCGGGCCAACGACGUCGACUACUACACGGGGCAGAGCUUUCGAGCGCAGCUUUCACAAAGUACCGCCUUGGCUCAGAGACUGCUCACCAAGCUCACCGGACGAGCGGAAAGCCCCGUUGACAACACAGGCCACGAGUUGCUCGCCCUGCAGCUGAGCAAGGAGCUUCAGCAAAAAGAUCAAAUCAUCGAAUCUUUGCACAACAAGCUGCAGCAGCGCCCCGAGACGCCAUCCAGCUGCCAAGCCCUCUCGGAGACCACCGACCCGUCAGACAGGACUUCCUUGGUGUCUGAUGAAAGUCAAACCAAUGAAGACCUGGAUCUGUGUUCUGAUUUGGACGCUAGAGAUUACCAGGAACAGGAACAGCGGCUACAAUCCGAUCACGAUGCCCAUCUUUCUAUCCCUCCUCCUCGUGGACCCCUCAAAUCUUGCUUCAGCUGUCCUGGAACGCUUUCAGGGGGUUUAACCAGUCCGUCCUUGAGAGCCCCUCUCGGCAUUCCUUUCUCCUCGUCCCUCCCUCCAUCUCGUGACCUCGAUGUCCGGGGUACAGAGUUCACAUAUGAAGCCCACCCUCGGGCCCUGUCCGUGAUGGCUGGUCACCCAGAACUGGACACACUGUACAAACAAAUGAAUGAGCAGAUAAGGGGAUUCCCGGAGACUUCCGGCAAGCCUCUGUUCGCUCUCUCGCCCGGUGCCCUCAACCAGUGCGACCUUUCAGGCUACAACCAUCAUGCCUUUCAACAGUACCAGCUGGGCGGCAUUCCAGAGGGUCACUCGCAUAAGUCGGACUCGGGUAUGAUGACAGGAGGAGGGACUUUUUGGGACAACAUGACACAGUCUAUGGGGAACUAUUCUGGAAUCCCGAUCUUAGAAAACAGCCAGACAGGCCCGAAUGUAAUUGGAGAACAUCUACGGGAGGUGCGAUGUCUCCGCCAGCGCCUGGAGGAGUCCAUUAGGACCAACGAGAGGCUCCGACAGCAGCUGGAGGAAAAAUUGGCAAACCCUGGGCGAGAUGGAGGAGCACCAACAAACAUCUACAUUCAGGGGCUGGACACAGUCACACAUCUGUCCAACGAAAUCCGAGUCCUGACAGACGAGAACUUGAAUCUGCAGUCACGUCUACAAGCCAGUACAGGUAAAACCCAUCUUGGGAUGUUUUUCGUUAGGCCGAGAGUGGAUGAUUAUUUUUUGGGUCACUCAGACUCGUGCGAGGAGCUGAUCGCAGCACGUGCCCGCCUCAAGCAAGCCGAGCUGGAGGCGGAGCAGUGGAAGGAGGAGUUAAGACGACUUCAGACGCACAGUGAGGAGCAGGGACAGCAGAUCCUCGCCUUGAGGCAGGAGAGGCAAGCCGGCCAGGAGAGGAUCAACAGAGCGCAGCACGAGUCGUCACUCCUGCAGCAGCAGUUGAGCGAGAGCAGAGAGCUCAUCCACUCCCUCCAGUCCGAACUGCAUGUGUACGAUCGCGUGUGCUCCAGUUCCAAAUCCAACAAAGGCUUCUUGUGCGAGGCCACCGGCCUGCCCGUGGAGUUGGGCGAGCUACUGAGCGAGGUGAGGAGUCUGCGGGCCCAGCUGCAGAGCGGCGUUCAGGAGAGCAGCGCCCUCAAGCAGCUGGAGCUCCACAAGCAGCUGGAGCAGAAGCUGGGCGGCGGCUCCCCUCGUACGCCGGCCUUGUCGGCCUUGAGCGCUAGCCCUCAGAGGGAGAACGUCUACAAGCGACAGCUGCUCCACGACCCGGCCCCUUCUCCACCCGUCAGGGACAUUGGUCUCUUUAACUGUGGGUCUCCCUGCCCCCCCUACUCGGACCUGGAUGACAACCAUAGCGCCGCCAACGACCCUCUUGACCCUCACACCGAGCUGGAAGGUGACGCCCCCGAUGGCUCUUUUGCUAACCGCUACGGCCGCCACGCCGUGGGUCACGUGGAUGACUUCAACGCUCUGCAGCAACAAGUCCUUGAAGGUCGCAGCAUUGUGCAACGCAUGGAGACGGCAUUGAGCGAUCUGUCUCCGUUAGGAGCCAACCAGAAACAGAGCAGUGAGCUGUUUUUGGAGUAUGGCAAUGCCAAAAGUCUCUUGGCCAACACCAAGACCCUGAGGCAGAUUUUGGAGGAGGCGGCUUCACUACUGAAAAUGUUUUGGAGGGCGGCGCUACCCAGCACUGACGCCUCCAUCCCGAACCUGAAGAAGGAGCAGUCGAUGCAAGAGGAGAUUUUGUCCCUCAAGCUACGCGUGUCUGAGCAGGAGGAGCUUCUGAAGGGGAUGAUCCAAAGACUGAGGAGCACCAGUCGCACCAAGGAGAACAUGGAGCAUUUCAUUGUGAACCAGCUGUCAAGGACUCGUGAUGUUUUGAAGAAAGCAAGGACAAACUUGGAGAAGAACGAGCUGAGACUUUCCUCUCUAAGCUCCUCCUCUUCCUCUCCCUAUACCGCUAAGGAGCCAGGAGGCGGUACCCGAAAGCAACCUGCUGAUGUCCCUCGCCUGAGGACCGCCUACGUCGAAGCCCCUGCGGCCAGGAAGCGCACCAGCCAAUGCUUGCUGUAAACCACCAAACAACCAGCCUCAACGCUGUGACCUCGAUAUUUAAAAUCAAGAGCCUCCCCACUUCUCUUAACCUCUGUCUCCAACCAGGCCUUAGCAAAGUCCUUUUAGCCUCGCCAGCUCCCAAACAUGCAGUUAAUGUUCUUUGAGUGUAACUGCCAGCAGUGUGUAUGACAGAAGGUGUGUGAAAUGUGUCCCUGGUGGAUUCAGUGACAAGCCGGAUGGAGCGGCUUGAAGACGCCCCCAAAUGGAGCGUCUUCUUCCGAGAGAGCCUGUGGAGGGAAAAAGGUGUUUUGUGCAUGUAAAAAUGAGGUCUGUGAGAGGAACACGCAUAUACACCGUCGUUUGGGGUCACUUGGAUAUUUUUUUGUUUUUAUAAAGAAAAGCAUUUAUCUAAAUGACUUCCGAUUGGUUGUUUAUCCUCUGGUGGGGUGGUUUUUUUGCUACUCUAAAGGCACAAGAUGGGCUCGGACAGAGUUGACUAAUGCAAAGUCCCCCUUUAAUUUGAUUUUUAAAAUAAUGCUUUUCUUAAAAAAUAAAGAUAUUUGCAAGUGACCUAAUUUUUGAGCUGCGGUGUAUAUGUGCGAUGUGUGUGAUCCAGGAAAGUUCACUCAAAGAAAACAAUCUGGUUCCAUCGAUCACCAGAUUUUUCGAUUUUAAAAUGGAAAAUCGUACUCACUGACAUUCACAAUGUAUUAGUUGAGAUAAUGGAGGAAUGUAGGCCGUUUGGAUCAGCGACGUGCGGUUAGCGGAUGCAGGUGAGGCACAAGUAAAAAAAAAAAGAAAAGAUAAACUGAAUAUUAAUAUUCGUCCAGUGAGCUUUAGUUUUGACUAAUUAUGAACAUUUCUAAAGUCAAAUUUGCUGAAAUUUCAUAUCUCCUGUUUCAAUACAAAUAUGAAAGGCCUUGUUUUGCUGAUGGGACAUAAAACUGCUGUUGCGGCAAAUAGGACUCUGCCGCACCGAAGGGGGGCGUACGUGAGCCAACGGGUUAUUAAUGCUACCCCAUUUGUCGCAAAAUAAGAUGUACUUUUACCAAAAAGUAACCGAGAUUUUUGUGGCCCAUGGACUUCAGCUACAAUUAAAGGUAAGACCACAAACAAUUGCGUAGAAUGCUAUUGAGAUAAGAUAUAACCAGUAGCCAACUGAAUGCAAAACUUAAGAGUUUUGUAAAUCUGACAUUUCAAGAAUAUGUGCCUCACCAACCACAUCCCUCACUGCACGUCACUGAGCUGGAUUAUUUUGUGAUUUAUCCUUUCUGCAUUCAUCAAUGAGUCGUAGACACCAGCAAUUCAGUUCAAUAUUUUGUUCCCAGCUUCCAUUUUAAGUGUGGAAGCGUCGAGAUUUGGCAUUUCUAACUUGCAUGUUUGCUGAAUGUGAGGUUGAAGUGCCGCUGACGUACGAGCAUGUGCAAUAAUGCAGUACUGGACUUGAAGCUAUCAACUGGAGUUGUCGCAUGAUCACAAUUUUGUUUGUUUUUACAAUCAACUUAUUUAUAUGGGACGGGAGAUUGCCAUUACUUGCCAAAGUUUGAACUUCAACUUGCCUUAACCAUGUGAAUGAGGAAUUAUUAGUCUCUCGGGAUAUAGAAGGCUUCUAUAGAAGCACAUCAAACUGGUUUGGUUUGUUCCCGAUUGUGCAACAUAUUCCAGUUUUGGACCAAAACCAAUGCAAGUGGAUUUUCACCAAAAGGCCUCAUGCCGUUUUGUGUUUCUAUAUUUUGACAUUCUCAUGGUCAUGUUAUAGAUGACGCAAACUUUGGCAGGCUACUGGUGGGAUCAUUCUGUACAUUUGUGUGUGUUUGACGCUUGUACAUGUGCCAUUCAUGCUGUAAAUAACCUUUUUUAUGUGCGCGGGUACUUGAAUAAACAUGCAUUUGCUUUGUGCAAAAUUGAGCUUAGCCGUGCGGUAACUUUACAUCUUUUAAAUGGACGUUGUAUUUCAACGUGUGUUCUCGCCAUGUAUUUAUAUAUGACGCUUAUAGAGGCCAUUUUCUGUGUUCGAUCAGAUGAAAUGCCUUUUUGAUGCUACUGAACAGUCUGUCCACACAUAAAUAUUAUGGCUUUGCUUGACUUUAAAUUGAAAGCUUCAUUGGGGGGAGCCUUAUUGUUAAAGAACGGAAUCAAAGCAGUCAGUCGUGUUGAGUUUUGAAUGUACAGUACUGCUUUAAAUGUGGCUGGAAAGAAGCUUAGAUUUGCAAAACGAACACAAGCGGAAGCCGUCUAUGAUGACAGUGUUGUGUGUUGUCAAAAAGUAUUUAGCGCUUAAAAUAUUUUGGAACCGAACCAAUAAAAUGUUUAAAAAAAAAAAAAAAAGACCACAGUGUCUACAAUGCAUGUUUUUAAAACACAAUAAUUGUCGAGUCCAGAGUUAAUAAAAGGUUGUCCAUUUUUA